AUGGAUGUUGAAAAUGAAGAUGAUAAUGAUAGUGGUGAUGUUGAAAACGAUGAUGAUAAUACUGAUAAUGAUGUCGAAAAAGAAGAUGACGAUGUUAUAACACAACAUGGUGAAGAAGAAGCCGAUUACACACAUGAACAAAGUGCGGUGGAAAAGAACACCAUGAAUGAAGCUGAGGAGGUUGAGGCUGAUGUUGAUGAUAAAGGUGGUGAUGAAGUUGAUGGUAACCAAAAUGCCAUGACUGCAUUAAACACAAAGGAAGGUGAGGCUGCAUGUGAAGGCGAAAAAGAGGAUGAGAUUCUGGUUGAUGUUGGAGAUGAAGGUGGCGAUGAAGGAAAAGGUAGGGGUAAGAGUAGAGAUGAAGGAAAGGGUUAA